AUGGACAAGGGAAGAGGGAGAAUGGCCGCUGCUGCCGCCGCCGCCGCUGCCGCCGCCGCUCAGUGCCGGAGCCCUCGGUGCGCGGCGGAGAGGAGAGGAUUCCGGCGGGAACUCGAUUCUUGGCGCCACCGCCUCAUGCACUGUGUAGGUUUUGAAAGUAUUUUAGAAGGGCUUUAUGGACCAAGGCUACGAAGAGACCUCAGUUUAUUUGAAGACUGUGAACCAGAAGAGCUGACUGACUGGUCUAUGGAUGAAAAAUGUUCAUUUUGUAACCUACAGAAAGAAGCAGUCAGUGAUUGUACACCAACUCUUGGUUCUUCACAGUCAACACCUACAGAGGAACUAUCAUCUCAGGGCCAGUCCAACACUGAUAAGAUUGAAUGCCAAGCAGAAAAUUAUCUAAAUGCACUCUUUCGAAAGAAAGAUCUUCCUCAGAACUGUGAUCCUAACAUUCCCUUAGUUGCUCAGGAAUUAAUGAAAAAGAUGAUACGUCAGUUUGCAAUUGAAUACAUUUCAAAAAGUGGUAAAAUUCAAGAGAAUAGAAAUGGUUCAGUUGGGCCAAGUCUAAUAUGUAAAGGUAUCCAAAUGAAUCAAAUAGAAAACUCCCUUCAGGAAGAGCAGGAAGGCCCCCUAGACCUCACUGUGAAUCGAAUUCAAGAACAAAAUACUCAGCAAGGGGAUGGAGUAUUAGAUCUCUCUACAAAGAAAACCAGCACAAGGUCCGAAGAGUCCUCGACAUGUGAUCCAACUUCUGAAAAUUCUAUGUCUGGUUCAACUCUUGAUGCAAAAUCAGAGGAAGCUACUAAAAUGGAAAAAGGAAAAUCAACAUUAAACAAAGUUUUGGAAUCAUUGUGCACAUAUCACCAGCAACAAAUUUUGACUAUGUUGAAAUUUCUAACUCAAGAGCAAAAUGCUUCUUCACUUUGCAGUUGCAAUUCAUCACAUACUCUGUCUUCAGACUCUCAAAAAUCCCUCACUGAAGAUGAUUUGCAUGGUCUGUUCUGUAGUUGUGGUGAAUAUAGGCAAACAGAAAGAGGGUGUUUACAAAAUGAAAGACAAAGCUCUGGCUUAGCACCCCUUUCAAUGUGUAUUAAAGAUUUUCAUUGCUUAUCUUGCCAAACUGUAGCUAUUGAGCACAUUAAGACAGUAGUUAGCAGAGAAAUUGCCAAUAAUUACAAUCCCCACAGGUGCUGUUCUGUACUAUUACAAAACUGUAAUAAUCACUCAACAAGAUCAACCUUUUGUACUCCUCUUUCUUUACCUGAAGUAUGUGAUCUGUCAAUCAAUAUUAAAGAUUCUAACAGAUCUCGGAGUCCUUCACCACCACCAUUAUCACCCAUACAGACUGAAGGAUUUGAAAAACUUAAAGAUUCAAUCUCAGGCGUUUCAGCUUUAGAAAACAACAAACUUGAAGCAAUUAUCAAUCAGCCUCCAUCUCUCAUACCAGCAGAAGGCAACAACAGCAAUUGUGAACAUGAAGGUAAAAUACGCAAAGCAAACACAUCUGAUAACUCAGAUGAUUCAUUUCUCAUAGCAGAAGAAAGCAGUCGUUUUAUAAAUCAUGAAAAAAUUGAAAAAGGUGAAAGUACUACAAUUUUUCAAGAUUUAAUGGAUCGAAUUAAUGAAAAGUUAAAAUCAAUUGAAACUACGGAUAUAACAAACCUUGUAAAGGUAUCUAGUGAUAAUAAUACUGAAAAUGAUAAUCUAAGAUUAGGUGAUUUAAUAACAUCUCUUUUGCAUAAUGCAAAGGCUAGUGAUUAUAGUUUUAUGGAGCUAUUGAGUCAACAUGAUAAAAAAGUAGAAAAUAAAAUUAUACAGACAAGAUUCCGAAAGCGUCAGGAAACCUUGUUUGCAAUGCAUAACUCUCCUGAUUCACCUUUGUUUAGAAGGCAGUCUUUACAAAUAAAGAGAGAAAUUGCUAGCCUUGAUGAAAAUUUUGCAAGAAAAAAGUCAUCUGAAAAAAUUUCCAAAAAAUUGAUACGCAAUGAUGAGAAAGUAUCAAUAGACAAAGAAUCAUAUAUUUUAGAAGACUCUGCUUUCCAAAAUCCUAAAAUCAUUCAAAGUUCAAAUCAUGAAGAAGCAUCUACAUUUUUGCCAGUAUAUGAAAUACAAUCAUUGCAACUACCUCUUCCUAGUUUGGAAACAAACUCAAGUUUUGACACACUUACAGAAAGCUUUACAGCUACAACACCAGAGAAAACAAGCAUAACAAAAUCAAAGAAAGAAUUUAUAGGCGAAAAGAAAAUACAAAAUCAUAGAGAAAAUCCCAGAUUAGAAAACAAUCAUAUUCCUCUGAAAGAUGAUCUUACUGGACUUUUAAGCAGAACUAGACGAAAUAUUGUACCUCCUGGGUGGUAUUCUGUAUAUGUAACAAAUAAUUUUGUAUUUAAAAAAUCUCCCAAGGCCAGGAAGUCUACAGAAAAAGAUACCAUAAAAGAUCUCCAAGUGGAUAGAUCAAACAGCUUAGACAUAAAUGAAAUUGCAAGGAAUACAAAUUUACAAGUUGUCGUGGAGCGUUUAGAAGAUACUAUAAAUAUGGCCAAAAAUACAUUGGAUAAUCAACCAUUAUCAGAAGGAUAUAAAAUAUCCAGGAAGUUGAAAGAAGAUGUUCAUUGUAAAGAGCAAAAUACUACUAGAAAUUUAAACCUUUGUGUAAAUGAAACAUGUAAAGAACAGAGUUUCUUAUCACAUUCUAAAGUAUCAUCCAACAACAGUAAUAAAAGCAAUUGUCUUGUGACAGUAGAACAUACAGAUAUAAUGGAUCAAAGACUUGAUAGCUUCAAAAAAAAGCACUUAGAUUUCAGUAGUCUGACUUCACAGACAAGGUCAGAAGUUGUAGAAAAUUCUUUUUCCAGUUACUCUAGUCCUAUCAAACUCAUGUUUCUGUCAGAGGUUAAUAGUAGUGAAGGAAUCAAAUAUACUUUAACAUCUGUUAGUACUUCUAAUGCAAACCUCUGUUCUUUUGAAAAAUGCCCAACUAGCCCAUCAGUAGUAAAAGAAACUGAAAAAAACAAGAGUAUCCCAGGUGCAUAUUUUGGUGAUUACAGUUGUAAUACAGAAAAUGACACUGAACAAGGAGAACAAAAAAAAUCCAGCUGUGUAAAAGAAACUAUAGAACCCUGUUCAACAAAUGUAACUGAUAUGAAUAGUUGUAAGCAACAGGAAGAAUGUAUAGAUAAAUCAAACAGUGCUAGUGAAUCAUCUUUAAAAAGAAAACCAGGUAGGCCUAAAAAAAUAGGUCCUCAAGUUGUAAAACAGGUGAAGCGACCUAUUGGAAGGCCACCAAAACCUAAAGUUGAUAAAAUAGAAAGCACUAUACGUAGAAGUGAGCACAUUGGCACUGCUGGGAAGAAAAACACAGAAUCUCUAGUUUCAGGCUUAAAUGAGGGUAUUAGUAGAAAAAGUAUCACAGUGACUGUUGUUUAUGGAAGGUCAAGAAGAAUUAAAAGGCAUGUUUCAGAAGGUAGCCUAGGCAAUGCUAUAUCUUUAAAUAAUAGUAGUGCUGAUUUUUUGCAUGAAUAUAAUGGGCUGAAACAUAAGAAAGCAGCAGAAAUUGGUUUGGAUGAAAGAAUGAAUGUGGUACCAAAUUUGACUACUGAAAGGGAGAUCUUUGCAUCUGGCUAUGAACACAUUAGACCUAUCAAGAACAAAUCUGUGUUACCUUACCCUUACAGUAAUAUCAUCCGGACAAGCCAGAAGCCUUUGACAGUAAUUAGGAAACCUGGUAGACCUGCAAAAGUUAAAAUCUCUGGCAUAUCUGUGACUAUUAAUAGAGUUUCACCUCAAGAAAGAAAAGUCUGUAUAAGCAGCUGUUUGCCUCCUUUAGAUCAAGACAGUAUGCUUUUAGAAAAAAACCUAUCAGAAGAAAAGCAUGAACACCAGUGCCAUAAAAUGGAUAAAACAAAAAGCACUCAAGCUGAUUUAUUUGAGGAGAGAUCAAAGAAUAUGUCUUCUCCAGUACCUUUGAGACAUUCUGUUAGGGACAGAAAGCCAUCACUGCAUUUUUUACAUUCCCUAGCAUCCUCUAAUUCAUUUGCUUAUAGAAACAAUUUACUACGUAAGUCAUAUAAACUACAUUUCCAAAAAAGUAAAGAUCAAAAAGAAAAAUGCAAAUACUCAAAUAGGAAAAUAGCUUCCAAAGAUACCUCAGCAGCCAGAAAUUCAGGAAAUACAAAAAAGGAUCCUGAUGAUGGUAAAAUCACAACUAUUAAUGAAGUAUCAUUGGAUCCUAUUUUUUCAUCAAACCCCUCUCUUAGGUGGUGGGCAACUACUACUUCAAAUGAUUCCUUGUUAGAGGAACUAAACAAUAGAUUUGAGCAAAUAACUAAUGCUUGGGUACAAGUGAGUAGAAAUGAAACAGAUAAUUGUCUUCAUGAAGCAAGAGGCCACCUAGAAGAGGAUGAUAGUUUUAAAGUGCCAAGCCCUUUAGAAACUUGCCUUUUAGAACUUGAAGUCUCACCUGUAAAAAUGCUUUUUCAGAAGAAGUGUGACAUGAAUGAGCUUUGUACCUGGUUUAUGCAAACAACAGAAACACAAUCUCUUUCACUAGUUAGAAAAGCAAAUGCUCGAAAUCCUUUGGAAGUCAUUAAUACCAGAGGAAUCAAAGUUGGAAGCAAACAAUCUGAUCAUAAUACUAGCCUUUUCAGAAAGCACUUUAAAAAAUUUGCACUAUCUUCUCCUUCAAAAUCAGCAGGGAAGUUACAGAUAUUGCAUAAAAUAGUUAGAUCUCCAGUCUUAAAUGUGAAAAAUAAUUUCACACUAGCCAGAUUGAGGAGAACUGAAUUUAAGAGGCUACAGCAUGAAAGAUGGAGACAGGUAAAAAAACUUCACAAUCAUGGAACAGUUGAUUGGAAAUCUAAAAGAAGAAACUUAAGAUUUUUCUGCCAGAACCAGUUUUUGAAUAAGACUGCAGAGGGAACAAAUGCUGACAUCACACUUCAAGGAAAAAGCACAGCAGAAAAUCAGCAGUUGGUCUUAGCACCUGAAAUCAGGGAUGCUUUUUUGCAACAGAAGGUAGAAUUUCCUGACUACAGCACACAUGCUAGUAUAGAAAGCAUUUUAAAACUACAUGCUAAAGAGAAUGAAACCAAUUACAGCCAUAAAGAUUAUGGGAAAGUAUCAAGACAAGGAAAAGUGUGUUCAAGUUCUUGGAGGUCAAAAACCUUUAAAGACUGUAGGAUAUUUUUGAGGAAAAUCAAUCAUAUCGAACAAAGAAAUCCAUUUCAGCUAAAUACCAUCAUUUAUUCUCCUGAAUCUGUUGAAAGUGGAAGUAAUCAUCAGAAUUAUGUUGAAGAAGCAAAGCACUGUAACUUAAGAUCCCAUUCUUCCCGGCAAAAUUCUCUUAAAAGGCAAUCUGAAUCAAUAGAAAAAUCUAAAGCAAAUAAUUCUUCACCUGACACUUUUGCUAGCCAACUUGAUGGCAAUAAAUUAGACAAACAUAUUAAAUUUGAUAAGAAUGCUUCUGAUAGUUCUGAAGUUCUUAGUAAAUUGAACAAAAGAAAAAGACCCUCAUGGAAGACCACUGAAAUGUCAACAAAAAGACAUAAGCGACAAUCUUGUAACAGUGGACAAAUGGCAAACUAUUAUUCAAAAUACCAGCUAGCUGUUGGACACAUGAACGUUCUGGAACCUUUGCGGAUUGUCAGUCAGGCCCUCAUCCUCUCCUGCCUGGACCUUUGCAAUAGUCCUAAUACUCCUAAUUGGUCUCUCUGCCUCCCGCGGCUCUUCUCGGCAACCCAUCCGCCACACAGCUGCCAAAUUGAUAUUCCCACAGCGUGCUACAAAUGAAAACUGAUGAGAAUCAGGGUUUGUCUGACAUGAACACAGCAAGUAGUCCUUUGAAGCCCAGUAAGAUGUGCCUUAAUCAGCCCAUUGAGUGGAAUCUAAGUCUCCCAGCCACACCUCUGGCCAGCUGGCCAGCUCGGAAC